AUGCUCAAUCUACACCAAUCCUGCCUCUUAUUGUGCAGUCUGUUAAUAAUCACUGGUUUGGGCUUAGCAUCCACGAUAUUCAUACCUGUCAAUCCUUUCUACCAGUUACUGCUUAUGGAAAACUCUGCAUUUCCGUGGAUUCACUUUGUAAUUUACUGCGUUUAUGCCGUCGUAGGCACUUUUGGAAUACUAGUAUGCAGACAGCGUAUUUACUCCAAGGCAAAGAUAUUCACCAUUGCUUCUUGGACGUUCUUACUUCUUGCUCUACCUUGGGAUGUUACCGAUUUGGUGAUGGCCAACGAACUGCAAAAUCAUGCUCAUAUUCACUGUUACAAUUACAAUGAACCGCCGGAUUUGAAGGCCAUUUUGAAUUUUGAUAUUUCUUGCGAUGAGAUCAAAUUAGCGCCUCCGGUAGUAGGCGUCGUGUCCAUCAUGCUUCUACUGCUAAAGCUAUAUUACGGUGUAGUCAUAACUGGAUGGACGCUCAGAUUACGGACUGAAGAGCAAUAUGCAAAGAGUAUGGAAGAGUCCUAUGAACCUUCCUGGGUAGAUUACAACAAUGAUGAAAACAUCAUGCAGCAUUAUUUCGAGCCAGUGAAGCGCUACUGA